CAUACAACAAAAUCAGAGCUGACAGGAGCUGACCAUAAUUCGCUUAACAGUUUCUUCAUAUGCGAUUUAAAAUGCAUCCUCUCGACUUAAGUCCAAAAGCACCGACUUUAGCUACAAACUCAAAAAAUAUAAAUUCAGAGAUCCACGUGACAGGCGCUAAUCUAGGCGAAAGCGUGAGCCAAAAUACCAUACAUGUAAGCAGAAAAGAAAAAGACCAAGGAAAACGCGGCCGACCAAGAGCUGAUGUUUUAACAGCUCUAAUGGUUGAAGGGUCCUCAUCCAGAUCUAGGAUACGAUGCAAUAAAUGUGGACGUGUUUUCCCAAGAGAAAAAUCCUUACAAGCUCAUUUGAGGACACACACAGGAGAACGGCCUUACACUUGUGAUUAUCCUGGCUGUACGAAAGCAUUUUGCCAAAGUGGUCAGCUUAAAACACACCAGAGGCUACACACUGGAGAAAAGCCCUUUGCCUGUGCUGUGGAUGGGUGUGCAAGUAGAUUCACCCAUGCUAAUCGCCACUGCAGUCAACAUCCAUUUGUUGGACUAAAGCGCCAAGAGAUGGAUUUGUCAUAUGUCACAAAGUUAUGUAGUGAAGAAUUAAAUCCAGAGAUUAAAAAAUGGAUUACCAGAUACAUCAAACAAUGUCAAGAAAGAAUCAUUCCUAAAUCACCCCUCAAAAGAACAUCUUCUACAGAAAGCAUGGAAGACAGUGUGUUAAAAAUCAUACCAAACAACAGCAAUGCUACUAGGAGCUGGUCUUUACCUCACAUAACUUCUCACUGCACACCUUCUACUACAUCUCUGGUUCAGUCCACCAGCAGGAGCCUGUCACCUCUAUCAUCACCUCCUGCCUCUACAGCCAUACCUAAGUUGCCAAGACAACCAUCAGCAUCAUCAACAGGAUCCUCAUCUUCUGGUGUGUCAUCCAUGUCAUCCACUUCUUCCCUGUUAAGUACGGAACCAAGGCCGGAUGAUACAGAUUAUAUCUACUCCAGCCAGAUGAUUUUACAAGGACAUUAUAAUGAACCGUGCCAAAUAUCGUCGACUUUAUCAGCAUUGUCUGAUGUGAAGCCUAUUGACUACAGAAAAUAUAACCUGGACCGCCCAGCUGUUAACUUCCAAAUGAUAAACUCUCCUCCACUGUAUAAACUACCAGCUUUGGAGACAGUUAGAAUCAUUCCAUCUUCAACGUGUCAUUCUAACCAUGAAGUAUAUCCACUUGCUAACUCUACACAACAAAAACGUAAAAGCCAUUGGGCACUGGAUCACAGCAAAAGCAAACAUUUUUCAAACCAAAUUCAUUCUGUUCAUUCCAAACAUCUACUAAGCUCAGCAAGUCCUGUUUUAUAUGAGCCUAUCCCCAUAUCUCCUGUAAGCCCAGGAAAUUUUAGUGAAUUCACAUUCAAUACUCCAAUGUAUACCACACCUAAACCUGAUAUGGGGCUAUGUUUAAGUCCACAGCCUAAUAAUUCUUUCAUAACUUCACCAGUGAGUCCCAUUAAAUCUGAACCUGAUUCUCCUCUCAAUCUCUCAAUACUAAAGCCUCCUGUUGUCUCAGCCGAGGAACUGGUUCCUAUGAAAUCUGAAAAUAGCUUCAACCACUGUGAAUCAAGCUGUAAUUCUAGCAGCCCCAAGACACAAACGUCAGAAACAAGGCACUCACUUAGCUACAGGAUAGCACCAAAAAACAGAGAAAAGGAUCGUUACAUUUCUGCACUAGCUUUGAUUGAACUCUCUAAAUGUUAAAGUGUAUCAUUUCAUUUGUUUUUAGAAAACAAUUAAUAUUGGCUUUUUAAAUGGAAAAAAACUAUUAAAAUUAAUUUUUAAUAUGUGAUUUCUUAUUUAUAAUAAUAAUAUUAAUGUAAUUUAAUAAGAAAAUGUAUCUGGAAAUACUGUAAAAAGUACUUACAAAUACAAAAAUUAUAAUUAUAUCUAAUUCUGUAACUUAUUUACAAUAUGACAUGACAUGUUUUCAAUGGUCUUUGCCAAGACCAUUAAGACUGCACAAAUGUUAUGGUUUAUUUUCUUGUUUUUUUCUGUUAAAACUGAAAAAUGUAAUGGCACACAGUAAAUAUGUUUGGCAACAAGGCUCAAGUUUAUAUUGUUUUCAUAUUUCAGAUCCAAAACUUACAGUGGUAAAUUAAAUCACUUUUUAUUAUAAAGGAUCAGUGAUUUAUACAUCUGUGCUAAAAGUCCUUCUUAAGUAAUAAGUUAUGGUGUUUUUAACAGAGUUAAACAAGCCAAAUCAAAGAAUGUUCAACAAUUCUUGAUGUUGUUAAUGAAACUUUUUGUUUCAUUUCACUGCUGCAAAAAAUACCAGCAUUCGUUCUAAUGGAAGCUUUUUGAAUAUUUUACUUUAAAUACAUGUUUUUUUAAAUGAGUAUAGAGAUUUUGUUUCUUACCUCGUUUAUAUAUUUAAUUAUUAAUUGAUGGCUUAUUAUAACUGUAUUUUUUUAAGAACCAUGCCAAAUAAAGAAACAAUACAUUAUUUAAUUGUGAAUAUACAUUGGAGCUUUUUUCUAUUAAAAAAUAUUUCAUUUUUAAUUGUGUAACUAAAGUAUUGUUAUCUUUAAAACUACAUCAAAUUGACCUUAUUUUCUGUGAAAGAAUACCUUGGAUAAUAUUGAUUGGUAUCUGCUAUCCAAGAUAGAAUUUAAAAUAAAAUAGGAUAGUCAAAAUCUAACUAUUUAUCUUAUCUAAGUAUGUAUUUCUAUAAGAAUUCAUCUUCAUUAUUUUCUAUGUUCAACUAGACCUAGAUGCCUUUUCUGUGUAAAUAUGAAUAAAAAAUUUGCUUAUAAUUUUUGCUUGAUAUGGUGCAGAUUUAAAUAUGUAGGGCACAAAUGGUUAAUAGAUAAAAUGUUUAAUUAUUCUUUUGUUGACUAAGUAAAUAAUUCGAAAGAUUUCUUUUUGCAUUUUUUCUAAGUGUAAUAUAUUUUACCUAUUAAGACUGUUACGGAUUUCAUAAACUAAAAUGUUGUUUAAAAAUACUUUGUUUAACAUAAACUGUUUAAAAAUGCAAUACUUGAAACUUUUUAAUGCUUUUUUUUGAAAGCUUUAUAUAUUUGCUCAAUUUAUAUGUUCUUGCUUUUAUUUAAAUUUGCUUGUAGAUAAAUUCCCCCCUGCUUUAUUAAAAAAACUAUGAUAAAAGAAGUAACAUUUUAAAAGCAGCUAUUUAACAAUCAAUGAAUGAUGUAAUGAAAAUUCCUGCCAUUUACAAUAUUCCAGCCAUAUGUACAUAACUUUUUUAUAUUUUUAAUUUAUUUUUAUUUUUACAUGAAAAAAUUACAAAAGAAAAAUUAUUAACUCACCAUAAGUGAUAUCUAAAAUUAGCAUCUUCUUAUAUUCAACCGUCCUUAAAAUGUAAGAAAUAAUGUACAUAUUCUGGUGUUAAUUGGUUGUUAAUGACAUUUUUAAAGUAAUUUUGAGUUGUGUUAUUGCAAAUGCUUUUGAAUAUUCAGACGCUCAUUUUGAAUGUGAUUCUUAUACCCUUUUUAUAUACAGUAUGUAAAUAGCAAUAUGUGCUUUUGCUGUAAUUAGCAAUUACAUUUUUACUUAAUAACCCUAUCAUAAUAAAACAACGUGUGUGCCAUUGUUUUUGGGUUCUACAUGCUUAUACUUGAUUAGAAAUAAUGUGUUUUAAAAGUAUCUAUGUAUUUUUGUUUUAAAUUAUUGCUUUAGAAAACCUACAUACUUACAUAGAAAAUAUAGGCCUAGAAUGGUCAAUAACUGUUAUAUUUCAAUAAUUUUAACUGAUUAUACAAUCCUUACUAAUAUUUUUGCUUGUUUACAACACUACAGCCCACUCGUUAAUGUUACAAAAUAAUGUGUUCAGUAAAACUGCCAUUUAAAAACACAAGUUCACAUAGAGUAAGUAGUUUUGCCAAGUACUGCCUUAGUUUCUUAUGCUCAAGAUAUAUCUCACUCAUUCACACAUAUCCAGAUUUUUUUUUCAUUCACCAUUUAAAUUGAGCUAGUGUUCAUUACUGCCUCUUCUAAAAUUUAUUUACAGUGUCUUCAAAUUUUUUAUAAUUUUUUUGGUUAUAAUUAAGGUAUCUAAUAUACAAAUAGUAUUAUUAUUAAUGAUGCAGAUGCUUGGAAUGUGUUCUAUUUCUGACGUUCUAACAAAGAUUUGUCAGGCUGCAGUAAAAGUAGUAGUCUCUCAGUUUCCUUUUGGAACCUCAGUAAAAAGUAGUAGUCUCUCUGUUCCCUGUUGGAACCUCAGUAAAAAGUAGUAGUCUCUCUGUUCCCUGUUGGAACCUCAGUAAAAAGUAGUAGUCUCUCUUUUCCCUGUUGGAACCUCUCCUUGUUACUUCUUCCUGGUCACAUUCCAGCUAUUUCUGCCUUGGCUUUGUUUUUAGCCUUCUCACAAAAAUCAUUAGUUUUAUUGGAUAUACUUUAAACUGGUUCAUCUGUUUACACAUUUUAUAAUACUACUAUGCAACUUCCAUUUGAAUAAUUAUAAAUACAGAUUUUUUUCAGCUUAAGCAAUAGUUUAUGAGCACCUUUUUAUGGUGUUGUUAUUCUAUGUUUUGAUAUACAGUUUUUCCUAUAUGCAGCUUUUGUACUAAGUAGGCUAUAAUCUACAUUACUGUAAUCAUAUUUUAAAUGUUUAGAAAAUUUAGAUAGCUAGUUGUUCUUAUGCCUAUUUUCUAAAUACAAUGGUUAAAUUGAACUUUAUUUUUUAGCCCAAAUAGUUAUUUUCCAAAUUUAAAAUAUUUUUGUAGUUGUGAGAAAUUAGUUUUUAAAUUAUGGAUUAACUAUAGGAUAACAAAUACACUUUUAUUUUGUAAUACCAACAGUUUAUAUAUACUAUAGUUUUCAAGGACUUUUAAUUGUGGUAAAACUGUUGGGUACAAACAUACACAUCAGUUGCGGUUUUGAUUAAAAUGAAGUGUUUAACAAAGAAAGUUUUUUCUGAUAAGGGUAACUACUUUUAGGACUUUUGCCACUUAAUUGACGCAAUUUGGAAAAUGACUUCAUUUCCUAGACCACAAUGGUCAUUUGUAAAUUAUUUUUAACCAGGCAACAAAAAGAAAGUUAUGUUUUGGUUUAACUGUAGAAAAUCUUCAACAAUCAGACUUGCUGUGUUAACUUAUGG